AUGCUACGUCAGCACACGGACAUGCGCCGCCGCUACCACGACGCCAGAGCAAAGUGUGAAGACGUUCUGCUGGACAUAGAAUCUCCUGCCGUGUCUACUCAGGCAUUGGAAAAACUGCACGUUGUCAUCUCGCAGUUGGAAGAGUCUCGAGCCCAAGUGGACGUCCUAGAGAAGCAAUUAAGGAAGGUCUGCCGCGAGGUCCGAAGUCUAUGGACGCCGGCGGCCGUGGCUGUAGGGCGAGCUUGGCGGGCGCUGGAGAGAGUGCAGGAGUUCGUCAAGCGCAGACACAGAUUUGCCUUGCCUUCUGUAGUUCCCGACCUGCAACUUUUCGUUGAUAUUUUCGUGGUCCGCGCACGUCAAAACCUAGGAAAAGACUCGGCAGAUAACCACCGCAGUGUGAUCUGGUCAUCACUCUGGGAGGCUGUUGAGCCUCGUUUACAUGAGGAUAGUCGACAGUUGACGCGGUGUUGCCUGCUCGUCUCUGCUCUGAAAGAUCAACUCGAUGAUGAACUAACAAGCUCUGAUAUUGACUCGGAUGUCUCAGAACUCAGAGUGGGAUCUGAAGAAAAAUCAACCAAUAAUGAAAAUGAAAUUAAUCAACACUCGGCAGAUAACCACCGCAGUGUGAUCUGGUCAUCACUCUGGGAGGCGGUGGAGCCUCGUUUACAUGAGGAUAGUCGACAGUUGACGCGGUGUUGCCUGCUCGUCUCUGCUCUGAAAGAUCAACUCGAUGAUGAACUAACAAGCUCUGAUAUUGACUCGGAUGUCUCAGAACUCAGAAUGGGAUCUGAAGAAAAAUUAACCAAUGGUGAAAAUGAAAUCAACGAACGUAAGUCCCAGCCUUCCAUCGAUUCGAAGGAAAUAGACGAAUUCAUAUCUGGAAGCCUGGAAAAGGUUCUUAGUGAAGUGGAUUACAUUGUUGACAAGAAGCGCGUUGAUGAUGACUUGCAGGGCUUUCAUCUGUCGAAUAUUACAGGCGAACAGAGAAAGAAACUGCUGAGAAGCGUAUCGUUUUCCCAGCCUGCAAAUCGAUUACCACGUCUCUCUAAAAAACAUUCGUCCUUACCGCUCGAUUUUCAGUUGAGUUCUUCACAAGAGAGCCCUCGACCGUCAUCGAGCUGUCCUAACUCAGUUUAUUUGCAGGAUUAUAAGUCCUCAUUCUCAAGCCCAUUAGAAUGUAAAACAUUCAGUGAAGUGGUCGCAGAAGAGGCUAUGUCUGCUCUGUUGGACGACGGAAUAGCUUAUCAUGCAUUGGCGUUCCAAGAUUUUUAUGACAAAAUUACGAACUCGGAGAAAGCAAUCACCCUCCAACAUAAAGCUUGCGAGCAGGCUAUCGACUUUCUCCUUGUGAAGUGUCCAACAAUCUUUGCUCUGUCUUUGGAUACAAAUACGACCGGGCAGCAGAAGCUACAACCUAAUUCCUCACGAGAUGAUUACGAGAAAAUAGAAGCAGAUGGGGAAUAUUCUCCGCAGCGAAGAAAGUUCGUUAAGCUUGUCGAAAACAUUCUAAUUAAUGACCGAAGUCUGGACGAAGAUGCACUACAGGAUCUGUUCUAUGAUCGGCAUCACUUGAUCAAGGACCUGCGAAUGCUACUCCUGUUCCACGUUUUAUGCCAUCGUGAUCUGGAAAACUGGACUUCUCGUUUGUUGGCCAAAGUAGUCCCGGAACUCUCAGUUCCAGACCGCGGACCGGAGGAGAAAAUCGCCGCAAGCCUUCUGCAGCGCCGGCAGCUGAGCCGCUGCAGCGCUGUCGAGCCUCAACGUGAUGCUCUUCUGCAGAUCUGGUGUGGAGAUGAGCAUGCCGACGUCGUCGCUCUUGUGAGAUCAGCUCUGAGGCGCCUCGGUGUUCCGUACUACAAAACCUGGUUCAAACCAGCUCCCGACUUACUUCAUUUCCAGGUGUUGUUAAAGACCCUUUGA